AUGGGAACAUUACCGGAGAAGUGUGAUGACCCGGGCCCUUGUAUGGUCACUUGCACCGUCAAUGGAGUUCACUUUAGAGAUUGUAUGUGUGACCUCGGAGCAUGUGUUAGCAUCAUGCCGCUCUCCGUUUAUCGGGUAUUGAAGUUGCCCCCACUAAAAAGGUCGACGGCAAGAUUUGUCCUAGCGGAUAAGAGCAUAAUAACCGUAGCGGGUGUUGCGGAAGAUGUAUUGGUGAAUAUAAAGGGGUUGGUGUUUCCGAUUGACUUCUAUGUCCUUGAAAUGCCGUCAAGCGAAACCGAGAGAGCAUCAUCUAUCCUACUUGGAAGGCCCUUCUUGAGAACUUCUAGAUUUAAGCUUGAUGCUUACUCGGGGAACUACUCAUUUGAAAUAGAUGGGAGAAUUGUAAGCUUUAGCCUAGAGGAAGCAAUGAAGCAUCCACCGGAGAACCACUCUCUAUUUCGGUGUGACCCAAUCGACAACAUAGUAGCCGAAGUGCAUCUUGCAAGACUAGAUGAGAAGUGGAUGGUCGACGAAGCAAAUGAAAAGUCAAGCGAACUAAAUACCACACAUCAUACAAGCCAUCCGGAAACCCAAAUUUCAAGGAAUGACAAGAGUAUGGAAUUGAAGCCACUACCACCUCACUUAAGAUACUUCACUUCAUUUGUUGACUUCCCUGAUAGUUUACCAAGCAAAAUGCCCUGCUAUAGUGCUUAA